AUGUUCAACGGACUCGUGAAAAUGUCCACGUACGGGCGCGCUCGCGGAGGUAAGAGCUCGCUCGAUAUAGUUGGCACUGAGUCACGAUCACCGAAUGCUCGUGCACCUCGGCGCGCGUCGCGCCGACAACGACGACGACGACUGCUAUAUAUACUUGAGUCUGCACUUCGGCGGCACUUGGCAGGACGAGCCUCUCGCCUGGGCCGCUCUCGGCUCGUCUACAGCGUGAUCGUUCCUGUCAUUUGCCUCUGCGGCAUCCUGGGAAACCUCGUCAAUCUGUUGGUCCUUGCGCAAAAUGACCCGGUCGCUUCUGACUCGACAGUCCUGGCAGCGGCGGAUUUGGUCACCUGUAUCCUCUUGUCGUUCUCAGGCCUGGCGCGUGGAGUGUUCUGGAAGCGAGCUGGUUGGAUGGAGUACGACGUGUUCGUUUACAUACCUCUGGGCUCGAUCUCGUCGAACGUCGCUGUCUCGGCUGCUGUUGGUGUGGCCGUAGAUCGUCUUGUCAUCGUUCUCGGGUCCGCCAGGUGUCGACAACCGAGCCUCUGCACGAAGGCCGUGGCGAGAAAGCUCAUGAGCUUUUGCGUCGGCGUGAUUGUCCUCGUCAACGUACCGUUUUUCUUCAUCUACACCUUCGACGACAACGGGAUCAUCGUUACGAGGGCGCUGUCGGACACCUCGAUGUUCGCAACACUCAACUGGACGCAGCUUGUAUUGUUUGCACUUUUGCCGGCGCUGCUUUUGCUAAUUUGCAACGCCAUCGUGAUUUUCACAGUGAGAACAAAUCUGAAGCGGAGAGAGCUCCUUCUAAAAUGCCGACAAACGAGAAGGGGUAAUUAUUUUCAAGAUCAAUCUAAGCUUACGAUCAUCUUGAUCGCCAUUGUAUUUCUAUUUCUCGUCGGUGAAAUCCCAACGCACUUAGCGUCGCGCAGAAGUGCGAUUUCCAUUCUCUACGGCGGCGAUCCGCGUCUAGUUGACAAAUCCGUUAUGGCAACUUUUCGGCUGAUAGCGACAGUUUUGUCAGCGAUCUCGUGCUCUACAAAUUUCGUGAUGUACUGCUUACUGAAUCCGAAAUACUUUACGAAUUGGAAGGCCCUCCUGCAAAAACAGGACAAAUCGAAAAAUCCAUCGAUGCGAAUAGCUACGAUCAAAGGCACGAUGGAAGGCAAGACCAUGAGCACUCACACUCCUCGGAAAUUUUAAAGACAUUUUUAUCAUGAAAAAAAAGCUAUAAGUAUAAAUGUGUAUAAGUGACCGUAAGUGUCUUAUUUUAAUGAAAAAGAAAUGAAUAAAUCAGACUGAAUCGGACUGAAGUAUUUUAAAACGUCACGCUCGAUCAUCUAAGUAGCAAACGCAGCGAUUUAAAUUCCCUCGUGAUAUCACGCAGAAAGUACAAAGGAAUAAAAGCUGCUACAUAUGUAUCGCGAAUGACAUUAAGAAAAACAUCUGAAAUUUUAUUUUUACGAACGAACGCAGGAAUGAUAAAUCAAUGAAAGCGUCAACCUAUCAUUCAUGAGUUGCAAUUUUCUCGAUUCGAGGAAUAUAGAUGCAUUUCCAAGUGGUAUAUCGGGUAAAGAUCCGGUGAAUCCCAUUAGUAGCGAGACAUCUAACGGACGCGAGAAAGCAAACUCACCAAGUAAAAUCAAACGAACGAUCGGUAUUUGUUGUUCUCGUAACGCGAAGCUUAAGUUUCAACCAGCUAAAGCGUAAGCGUAUCUUAAUUUACAUAGGAAAAUUACCAGGACAGUCAAAACGUACUUCAUGUAUCUAUUUAAGAAAGAAAUAAGUAGACAGUAUGAGAUAAUGUCAAUUAAUUAAAAUAAAAGUUAUUUCCA